UCUCAUGCAAAAUAUUCACGACUCUUUGAAAUGGAAAUGAGGCUCUUCCAAUUUAGGAAUCAAAUUAAAGAAAGUAUUCAGGGUGUUAGCAGGCUGUGCUCCUGCUUGUUUGAAGUGGCAGCUAAAGGAGGGAGGUGUGCUUUUCCCUGGAUGAAGCAGGAUCUCGCUCAGCCUGUUUUCAUCUUUACUUAGCACCUGCUGGCCAGGAGUGGUGUCGCCCGAGCAAUCAGACAGUAGACGUGCCAAGAGUCUGACCUCCCCGUGUCUGCUGCCCCUCCCCCAAGCCCCAUGACACCUCUCCUGAUAUAGAUGGACUGGGGUUGGUUUAAAAUGACAGUCUCAAGUUCGUGUAGGAAGAGAAAGUUAAUUCAAAGAAACUGUCAGGCAAGCUUCCUCUCUCUGUAGGAAUAAUUAUUAUCCCCUUUCACCAUGGCCCACCUGGGAGCCCACUUUGCCUUCAGAUCCCGCUGGCAGAAGACCGAUGAUGAACUCUGUCGACAUAGCAUGUCCUUUAUUCUUCACAAAGCCAUUUGCAAUGACUUCUUUCAGAGCUAUCUCUACCUGCUGGAAAAUAUUCCCCUGGUGAAAUUGUAUGCUUUAACAAGUCAAGUAAUCAAUGGUGAGAUGCAGUUCUAUGCCAGAGCUAAACUCUUCUAUCAAGAAGUACCAGCUACAGAAGAGGGUAUGAUGGGAAAUUUCAUUGAACUGUCCAACCCAGAUAUCCAGGCCUCUCAGAAAUUUCUCAGGAAAUUUGUUGGGGGGCCCGGGAGAGCUGGCACAGACUGUGCCUUGGACUGCGGCUCUGGGAUAGGAAGGGUGAGCAAGCAUGUCCUGUUGCCGGUUUUCAACACUGUGGAACUGGUGGACAUGAUGGAAUCGUUCCUCCUCGAAGCACAGAACUACCUGCAGGUCAAAGGCGACAAGGUAGAAAGCUACCACUGCUAUAGCCUGCAGGAAUUCACACCCCCACUGGGAAGAUACGAUGUCAUCUGGAUUCAGUGGGUCAUUGGGUACCUGACCGAUAAAGACCUUCUUGCGUUUCUUUCCCGGUGCCGAGAUGGCCUGAAGGAAAACGGCAUCAUCAUACUGAAGGACAAUGUGGCCCGGGAGGGCUGCAUCUUCGAUCUCUCUGACAGCAGUGUGACUCGGGACAUGGGCAUCCUCCAGACCCUCAUUAGGAAGAGUGGGCUGGUGGUGCUAGGCCAGCAGAAGCAGGACGGCUUUCCAGAGCAAUGUGUCCCGGUGUGGAUGUUUGCGCUGCACAGCAAUGGAAGCUCCUGACCAGCUGCCGGAGUGAACAACUGCACUGCACAGAGGUGCUUUGGGAAGAGUGGCUCUCCUCUGAUUCACAAGUUACACCCCUUGUGAUCCAAGGAGGAAUGAACAGAAGGGAGGCAAUGUAUGUUUUAAAAUGGUUGAUGUCACGUUUCCACUAAUUAUGUAAGUACAUGCACACACACUGUGACUUUUCCAAAAGAUAAAUGGAAUGUGACAUCUGGAAAAACACCUAAACUGUACCAGUGUACCCAUAAAAACAGGAAAGGGAGCAACGGUCACAAAAUAUAAACCGCAUUGGUCUCUGAAGAUUUGCAUUAAAGAGUAGUUUAAGGUGGGUGGGAUAAAGUCUAGACCACCUUUCUCUGCCCUCAUGCUAGAUACUUUAUACUUCCUUCCUCUUUGGGAAUAUUACUUCUCUCAGACAAAAAUCUCCCCCUAAUUAAGAAAGCAGCAGUCAAAAUAACCUUGUUAAACAAUUCCAUUACUUAAUUUUGUCUUUAGCAGAAAAAAAAAAAUAUGGUUUCACUUUCUAUUUUGGGUCAGUUUCGCUGCCCAAUGAUGUAAUAUGGAUGUAAUUUCAUAACAGAAGUCUGCAUUUCAGUGAUGUGGGAAGUGUCUCCUUUCAGGAGAAAAUGUUUUACCCUUGAAAUUUCAGCUGUGAACAUGUAAGUGAAUGUCAUUGAUAAUCUAAUUUUAGUCACUGGCUUCUAACACAACUUGCUUCAUUGCAGUCGCUCCUGUUUCCUUGAUUGAUAAGAAUGUACACUGGAAAGAGAUAGGAAAUGGUAAACCUGAAAACUGAACUAACUGCAUUAGUUUAAUUAAAAAUAUCUAAAAUCUUUCAAAAACAAAAAUGUAAUUUAAUUUCUAUUAGCAGAAUGUUUAAAUAUAACUUCUGUUUUAUUUAAAAUGCUCUAAAGUCUUCAUGUGAAGGAUUUGUCUUUUGUUGUAUUAUAUAUUGAGUCUUCUAUGAAAUACAAUCAGUUUAAGUAAAGAAAGUCUGUUAAAUGCAUAUGCUAUCACCCUAAAAUCAUGUUUAUAAAUCAUAGCUCUAAAUUAGGAGGAAAAUAAUUAUUAUAAAACACUAUGUUGAUAUAGCAUGACUUAGUAGUUUGAUUUUAUGUCCUGGAAAAUUAUGUCACUCUGCCACUGGCAGCUUCCAGCUGCAGUAUGUUAUUCAUAACAUUUUAGGGUAAUGUAACAGAAUGUGAGUUAAAAUCAUUGCUGGAGAAACCAGAGACCAAAAUUAAAUAAAAUGGUGAAUCAUUACCAAACAGAAUUAUUAUGACAAAACAAGAAUUCUCAUGUUUUCAUCCUCUAUGUAUUGGAAAAAAUUAACUAAAUCUUCCUUUUCAGCCCAUCCUAGGCAUUUUCUGCUUCUUUUACACUUAGCACCCUUAUUCUCUUACUUCUUGACUUUCUGCUUUGCAAGUACUCACAUGCUGAUUGACACAGUUGUCCAUUCCUCAGCACCCCGGUUCCUGAGCUCAAGGAGGAAAUAACAUAAUUGUCCCAUUAAUAUGAACACAUAAUCUUUAACUCAGCUGAAUCUUUGGAACAGAUUAGCAGUCCCUUUUCUCUUCCUAUGUCCUUUUCUGUUCUUCUUAGAAAACUUCCAGAUCUUUAUUGUGCCACAAAAAUUCCCAACUCCAUAUCUAUUUUUUACUUAAUUGAUAAAGCAGAAAUUAGGAAGUAAAUUAUACCAAUAUCUCCUCUCUAUAACAAGUUAAUAACUAGUACAAGGUAAAGGGAAGAGUGGGCUUUCCUGGUGCCUUGCAGUCCAGAAUCUGCCUGCCAAUGCAGGAGACAUAGGUUUGGUCCCUGGAUCUGGAAGAUCCCCUGGAGAAGGAAAAGGCAAUCCA